GCCCUCACUGGGCCUCCUCUCCCUCCCCGCCCGGCCUCUCAGCAUGAGCCUCUCCUACUCCCUUCCCCGCCCGGGGAGCCUCACCUUCAGUAGCCGCUCCCAAGGCUCCCUGCCCAGCCGGGGCGCCUGGUACCGGGCCAGUCCCGGGGGCCUCCGAGGAGGAGGAGCAGCGCUAGCAGCCCCUGGCUUCCCCGCCGGCUCUUCCCUCUCGGCCUCGCCCGCUUUCCUCCUCUCCUCGCUGCCCAGCUUGGAGAUCGACCCCAAGCUGCACCAGAUCCGCACCGAGGAGAAGGAGCAGAUCAAGGGGCUCAACAACCAGUUCGCCUCCUUCAUCGACAAGGUGCGGAAGCUUGAGCAGCAAAACAAAGUGCUAGAAAUGCAGCUGAAGCUACUGAAAAACAAAGACCAGUACAAAUCCAAUGUUGGGCGCAUCAUGACAGCCCAUAGCCAGCCCCUUAAGCAGCAAAUUGAUGCACUGAAUCAAGAAAAGAUGAAAUUGCAAAAUGAGUUGGACCAUACGCAGGCCUUUCUAGAAGAACUGAAGAGCAGGUAUGAAGAUGAAAUCAAUAGGCGUAAUCAGCUGGAAAAUGAAUUUGUGAUAACCAAGAAGGACCUUGAUGACAUCUAUUUGCAGAAGGUGGAUAUUGAGUCCAAACUAGAAGGGAUCUCCAAUGAAAUAAAAUACCUGAAGCAGCUCUUUGAAGAGGAAAUUCGGGAGUUGCAAUCCCAGAUCCAAAAUUCAAUGGUCACUGUGGAAAUGAACAACAACCCGGAGUUGGAGAUGAAACACAUAAUUGAUGAGGUGAAGGAACAGUACAAGGCCAUGGCAGCCAAAAGCCGUGAAGAGGCAGAACAGUGGUACAAGAACAAGUUUGAUGACUUGGCAAGGCAGACCCAGAAGCACCAUGAGGAGCUGAAAGGGACCAAGGGGCAGAUCGCCGAGUUGACUCGAUAUGCUCAGCGUGUUAAUGGGGAAAUUGAAGCCUUGAAGAAUCAGAGAACCAACCUGGAGAAUGCUGUGGCAGUAGCUGAAGAGCAAGGGGAGCAAGCAGUACAAAGUGCCAAGGGCACUAUCCAAGAUCUGGAGGAGGCCCUGAGACGAGCCAAGCACGACAUGGCAGGCAAAGUGCGAGAAUAUCAAGAGCUGAUGAACAUCAAGUUGGCUCUUGAUAUCGAAAUUGCAACCUACAGGAAACUGUUGGAAGGAGAAGAGAAUAGGAUGAGUGGCCAAGCUCCAAGUAAUCAAUUCAGUGCUAUUGACAGAUUAGCUGGGCUCCUAACUCAGGGAGCAGCACUACCAUCCCACAACAGAACUACUGGAACUGCCUUUACCACCAACAGCUCACUGAAGAGGCCCCUGCUGAUCAAAACCAUUGAGACCAAGGAUGGGAAGAUCCUUUCUGAGGCCAGUCACUUCUCGGAGAAGUAGCCAUUAGCACAGCAAAUCAAACGGAGCAGGUGGCUUUGCAUGCUUCUGAAUAAAUGGUUGUUUUAAAA